GGGCUUUUGUUUGUUUAAAGGCAUGCCGCUUUUUAUUCAUUUAAUUCUGGAUGCACGGAAAGUGCUGCGGACGGCUUCUGUGCGCAUCACUGAGUUCCGAACCCCCAAUUUUGCCUCGAAGGAAGUAGUGACGCUCCUUGACCUUUAACCUCCCGCUGGCGCGGCGAGGGCAACGCCUCCGUCUCUAUAUAAGGAAUUUUCCGGCCGGUUUGGACCCUUUUUUUUCCCUCUCUGGUCUUCACGCCGGGCGCGGGCUUCUUUCGCUCUUUCCCUUCGCUGCUACACAGCUCCCGGAUACGGCCGCGGCCAUGGGUUUCGGAGAUCUCAAGAGCCCCGCGGGCCUCCAGGUGCUGAAUGAUUACCUGGCGGACAAGAGUUACAUCGAGGGGUAUGUGCCAUCACAAGCAGAUGUGGCAGUAUUUGAAGCAGUCUCUGGCCCACCGCCUGCCGACUUGUGUCAUGCGCUACGUUGGUAUAAUCAUAUCAAAUCCUAUGAAAAGGAAAAGGGCAGCCUGCCAGGAGUGAAGAAAUCUUUGGGCAAGUAUGGCCCUGCCAAUGUGGAAGACACAACUGGAAGUGGAGCUGUGGAGAGUAAAGACGAUGAUGACAUUGACCUCUUUGGGUCUGAUGAUGAGGAGGAAAGUGAAGAAGCAAAGAAACUAAGGGAAGAACGGCUUGCACAGUACGAGUCAAAGAAAGCCAAAAAACCUGCGCUUGUUGCCAAGUCUUCCAUCUUACUAGAUGUGAAACCCUGGGAUGAUGAGACAGAUAUGGCAAAAUUAGAGGAGUGUGUCCGAAGCAUUCAAGCAGAUGGCUUGGUUUGGGGCUCCUCUAAACUGGUUCCAGUGGGAUAUGGAAUUAAGAAGCUUCAGAUACAAUGUGUGGUGGAAGAUGAUAAAGUAGGAACAGACAUGCUGGAGGAACAAAUCACUGCUUUUGAGGACUAUGUGCAGUCCAUGGAUGUGGCUGCUUUUAACAAGAUCUAAAAUCGCCCCGGAUCAUUGCAUUUAAAUAAAAGUUUGGAAAAGAAGCCUUGCUUCUCCAGCCUGUUAAAUAAAGGAUGGUGUAUAUUUUGUGCAACAGAAACUACUCAACCAAGGGGAGGGGCGGUGUCUUCUCAGAAUUGGCAAUAAAUUGGUGAACACGC